AUGACAUCUGAAGUCCAAGUUGUUUUCAAGACCAACCUCCCAGAAGAGUUUUAAGCACCUGAAGUUCAAAUUAGCAUCGGCACUAGUUCAACUAAUAAAGAACUUACUUAGGUAUAAUUUUCAUUCAAAGAAUAAUUAAUCUUUUAGAUCUUGAAAUAGCUAUUGGCUGACAACGGAGAUGUUGAUAUCAAAGGCAAGAAGUUCAACUUCAUGGUCAAUAAUGUGUUCAUUACUACUUCAGUUCAAGAGUAUUCAUCACAUUCAUUUAAAUAAUCUCAAUAUAGUAUACUAGACAAGCAAAGCAUAUAAAAUGAGGAGUUAAUAGAGAUAUACUAUCAAUUCUCGCUAGAAAAGCCCAAGCCCACACACUCAAUGCCAUAAGAGGAAUGGAUCUCUACUAUCAAAUCGCUUUCUCAUAUUUUAAACGAGAAGGCCAAGACCUAUGCAGUGGGAUUCUUCAACGGUGAUGUAAAGAUUUUCAACAAAAAGGAUCAUAAGGAGUUGCUGAGCAUUAAAUAGUUGCAUUAAGAUUCAAUUAUUUAGGAUGCUUUGUUCUUGAAAAAUGAUGCUCUGGACAAGAAGCUAUUAGUCACAUGCAGUACCUUGCCUAAUUCAGAGUUAAGAGUAUCGGAGAUUAUUGAAAGAGAUAGAAAGUAUCACUUUAAUCAGAUUGCUCAGAGCAAGCAUGAUGAGUAUUCCAACAUCAAUGAUGGUUUCAAGUGUCUAGGUUCUAAUCCAAUGAAUAAUGAGUUUAUCUGUUCAGCUUAUCAAACAAACGACUCUGCCCCUGAGAAGGCAAUUUUGAUUUGGAGAUUAAACAAGCAACACUUGGAGGAUUCAUCUCAAAAGCAAUUAAAGAUGGGUGAAAUGAAGAGACUUAAGACAAAUAUUACAUAUAUUUCAGCUCAUUAAAACAUUACCUGCGGAGGUGGCAUUCAGUCUAUGAAGUGGGCUACACCCUCAAGAAUUUAUGUGGGAUGCAGUGAUCACUCAGUUAAGAUUGUGAAUGUUGAGCAGGCUUAGAUCGAAGAAGUGCUCUUCACCACCUAUAAAGUUCCUACUUGCAUUGAUUCUAUCUAGGAAACUUUGCUUUUGACUGGUCAUGAAGAUGCCACAGUCAAGCUUUGGGAUAUAAGAACAGGUGUGGCUGAGAGGAAAUACAAAUCCCAGUAUGAGAGUCACAAGAGCUGGAUUUCUCAAGUUAAGGUCAAUAGCAAUGUCGAAAAUGUAUUCGUAUCUGGAUCGUAUGACGGCACUGUUAAGAUGUGGGAUCUUAGAAAUGAAGAGAGACCUCUAGCAACACUCAAGAGAAAGAAUGAAGGUAAUUCUGAUGAUUAUAAAGUGUUUGCUUUGGAAUGGAAUGGAGCUUCUCAAAUUCUAAGUGGUGGUUCUGAUAGUCACAUUUCAGUGCACUCACUUGCUUGA